AUGAAGGCCUCCGUGCUCUCGCUCGUCUUCCUGUCCGGCCUCGCCGCCGCUCAGAUCCCGAGCUGUGCUACCGGCUGCGUCACCAAGUUCACCACCGGCAACUCCAUCGCCGGCUGCGGACAGCUCGACAUUGCCUGCAUCUGCAAGAACGCCGACUUCCUCAACGGCAUAGCCUGCUGCCUGACCUCGGCAUGCGACAAGGACGGCCAGGACCAGGCUGUCCAGUACGCCAAGCAGAUCUGCUCCUCCGCCGGUGUCUCCACCCCAGACAACGUCGUCUGCAACGAAAACUCGUCGUCGAGCGCCGCCGAGUCGUCUGCUACCCAGUCUGCGACUGCCACCGACGACUCUGCCACGACUGCCACGACCGGUUCUUCUGACUCCUCCAGCACCGCCGAGUCGUCCGAGACCACGGCCGCCGAUAGCUCUUCUUCUGCUGCCCCUGCCACGACAAACUCGGCUUCCCGAACCACCGGCGGCUCCUCCACGACUGCGGCCUCGCAGACGGCUGCUUCGACUUCGCAGACGAGCACCAACGUCGCGGCCCCGCUGGCUUCUGCCGGCAGCUUGGUUGGUGCGGCCAUUGCGGUGCUGGCUGCGGCCUUGUAA